AUAUAUUUGUUGUUUGCCUAGGCUCCAAAUGUUCAAGAUGAGUGCAUGAUCGGUGUAGUCAUACUAAAAUUUGUUUUUUUCGAGGAGAGUGAACUGCAAGUAUAAGACCUCAUCUGUCAUUGUUCAAUAAAUAUCAUUGAAUCGACUAGUUUUUCAUAAUGAUCGACACACUAAGAAUUCCAGCUAUGUCUUCUUCAGCUUUGCAAACAACUGGUGAAUCUAACAACCACAGUCUGAAAAACGGUGAAAUGUAUGCUGAUGGCAUUAACUGGGAUGAUCUUGGGUUUGGACUGAUUCCAAUCGAUUACAUGUACACCAUGAAAUGCUCCGACGGAGAAAACUUUUCACAAGGACAUCUCUCUCCCUUUGGAAAGAUUGAGCUUUGCCCAUCUGCUGGAAUAUUGAAUUAUGGACAGGGACUAUUCGAAGGUCUUAAGGCGACCAGAACAGAAGAUGGUCGUAUUAUGCUGUUUCGGCCCCAAGAGAAUGCUCUAAGAAUGAAGAUGGGUGCAGAGAGAAUGUGCAUGCCAUCUCCAUCCGUUGAGCAAUUUGUUGAUGCUGUGAAGCAAACAGUCUUCGCCAACAAGCGUUGGGUACCACCUCCAGGAAAAGGAUCACUGUAUAUUAGGCCUUUGCUCGUGGGGAGUGGAUCUAAUCUGGGCUUGGGCCCGGGGCUGGAGUAUACAUUCCUAAUAUUUGCUUCUCCAGUUGGUAAUUAUCACAAGGGAAGGGCAGCCCUCAAUUUGUAUGUUGAGCAUAAAAUCCACAGAGCUACUCCUGGUGGAACUGGAGGUGUCAAGUCCGUCACCAAUUACUCACCUGUUUACCAAACACAACAGCAAGCAAGGGCCAAGGGGUUCUCUGAUGUCUUAUUCCUAGAUUCUGCAACUGGUAAAAACAUUGAGGAGAUUGUAGCAGCUAACAUUUUCAUUCUGAAGGGUAAUGUCAUUUCAACACCAACACUGAAACAUGGAACUAUCCUCCCUGGAGUAACCCGUAAAAGCAUCAUUGACAUUGCCCUUGAUUUUGGUUACCAGGUGGAGGAGCGUGUGAUCCCAGUGGAGGAUUUACUUGCAGCCGAUGAAGCUUUCUGCACAGGAACUGCAGUGGUUGUCAACCCUAUUGGCGCUGUAACUUAUCAAGACAAGAGGGUUGAAUACAAAACAGGAGGAGCAUUAUGUCAGAAACUGUAUGAAACGCUAACAGGAAUCCAAACAGGUCGUCUUGAGGACAAGAAGGGAUGGACCCUAGAGGUCAACUGAGCUUCUUUAUUGUACCAAACCCCAGAAGCUUGUCAUCUUUUUUGAUAAGUAUUCUAUUUGUCAUUUGUUUUGAAUAAGUAGAGGUCCUAGUCUACUAGGAGUUUUGUUAGUGUUUACCAAGUCUUUAAGGAAAUCCCAUGAACUUAGGAGUUGUUAAUCAUGGCAUAGUUGUUCUAGAUUUCUGUUAGUUUGUUUGUAUGCUCUAUUUAUAUAGAGCUUCUUUUCAAUCAAUGAAAUCAGUCAGUUCCAAUA